UCUUAUUCUAACAAAUCACAACCAAACCUCAAAACAAAACUUGUUUUGUUCUCUCUAUAUACCAAACCAAAUCUCAACCUCAAACAUGGCAACAAUGUUCACUCUUCUUUUCCUUCUAAUUUCUCUUCUCUCUAUAGCAACAUCAACACCAACAAGUUUCAUCAAAUCCUCAUGUAGCACAACACAAUACCCAACACUUUGUGUUCAAUCUCUCUCUGUCUAUGCUUCAACAAUCCAACAAGACCCUCACCAACUAGUCCAAACAGCUCUAUCCCUUAGUCUCAACAAAACUCAAUCCACAAAAGGCUUUGUCACAAUGUGCAAGAGCUUCAAGAAUCUCAAACCAAGAGAAUAUGCUGCUCUUCAUGAUUGUGCUGAGGAAAUUAGUGAUAGUGUUGAUAGGCUUAGCCGUUCAUUGAAAGAGCUUCAACUUUGUAAGAUUAAGGGUCAAGAUUUCAAUUGGCAUAUAAGCAAUGUUGAGACAUGGGUUAGCUCAGCUUUGACUGAUGAAAGCACUUGUGGUGAUGGAUUUAGUGGAAAAGCACUUGAUGGAAAAAUCAAAGCCUCUAUUAGAUCUAGAAUGGUUAAUGUUGCUCAAGUUACUAGUAAUGCUCUUUCACUUAUAAAUCAAUAUGCUGCUAAUCACUAGGUAGAAAUUAAUUAAACACUAGGAAUCAAAGGUUUUGCUUUUAAGGUUGUUGAGAAUGCCUUUAAUGUGGUUGGUUCCUUUUUUGUUUUGUUUUAAUUUAUGUUGUGUGUAAUGUGUAAUUACAUAUAUAAUUAUAUAUAUAAUAAUAUGGAACUUUGUGAUUA